UCUUAGAUGAUAGGCUAGAAGCAUUGACUGAUGACGUAGGUGCCAUGCAAAUGGUCACUUUAGCUCACUUAAAUGGACGAGUUCAUAUGUAUGUAGUGCACAAUGUGUCUGAGGCUGAAGUCAUUCACAUGAUUGAGUUUAACGUUGAUGAAGGAGGUGAGGAUGUAGGUGGUGAUGGUGAGAGGAUAGCUGAUGAGGGGAUAGCUGAUGAAAGGGUAGCUGAUGAGGGGGUAGCUGAGGAGGAAGUGGUUGUCGGGCAGGCAGAGGAAGUUCAUGGUGAGGCUGCUGUCUCACCAGAUGGUCAAGGUGGGGAUGUUGCUGGGGAUGUUGUUGGUACUGAGGUUGAUGAAGAUUAUGUUCAGAUGGCAGAGGUUAAUAGGGCAGAAGAAGUUGAAGUUGAACUUGAGUCUCCUGGUACUGAGGUUAAUAGGGGAGAGGAAGUAGAUGGUAUUGAGGUGCAGCCUGAUAGCGUUGAGGUUGAUACGGUACAACCAUGUGAAGUUGAAGUUGAGGCUGAGAGGAUACAACCACAGGAUGGUCAGAUGGAUGAUGUAGAAGUUGGUGAUUGGAGUUCAACACAUGAAAGUGAUGGUGAGAUGGAUAAGGAGGAUGGGUUAGUAGACGUAGAUAUUGAGUGUGAUAUAAGUGAAAGCUGUAGUGAUUUGGAUGUUGAGGUUGAGCCAUUUCUACCUGAGUCUGAUUCUGAUAAGGAUGGAGAUGAGAUUAAUGAUAGUAGUUGGUUCAAUGAUGAAUGGCAAUCUGAUGACUUAAGCUCACGUGACAAUAGUGAUGAAGACAGUGAAGUAGAAGGUUAUGGACAUUUUUCCACCUUUGUGCAGCCCAAAAAUAUGGUAGAUUUUAAGUGGGAAGUAGGAACCUACUUCGUAGAGAAAGAAGACAUCCUUGAUGCAAUCAAAACUUAUGCAAUGGAGAAUGGGAGAAAUUUGAAAUUUGUGAAGAAUGAUAAAAGAAGAAUAAGGGUUAGAUGCUUGGGCUCAAAAGGAACAUGCCCGUGGGUGGUAUAUUUUGGUUUCAUGGGUGCAAUAAAGUCAUGGCAAGUAAGGACUGUGUUUGACACUCAUACAUGUACUAGAGAACACAAGAUGAGACUAUUCAAUGCAAAAUGGCUUAGUAGAAAACUAGAAAAAACAGUGAGAGAGAAUCCUAAUGUCAAGGGAGUUGAUAUUAGAGAAAAAAGUGUGUAGGAAAUGGAAUAUAGCAAUAUCUAAGAACAUGGCAUAUAGGGCCAAAACACAUGCAUCAGAUGAAGUGGCAGGCUCCUUUACUAAGCAAUAUACUAGAAUAUAUGAUUAUGCUCAUGAGUUAUUAGAAAGAAACCCUGGGUCUACAAUCAAGGUCAAAGUUGAGCCAUUUGAUGGGAAAGUAAUAUUCCAAAGGUUUUACGCAUGCCUAAAGGCUUGCAAAGAUAGCUUUCUUUCAUGUAGGCCAAUCAUUGGCCUUGAUGGAGCCUUCUUGAAAGGUCAACAUCAUGGUGAGCUAUUAACUGUUGUGGCCAGAGAUGCAAACGACCAAAUGUUGCCAUUGGCGUAUGCAAUUGUUGAAGUUGAGAAUAAAGACACCUGGAAAUGGUUUCUGGAGCUCCUGAUUGAAGACCUAGGUGGUAGAGAUGUGUGUUCUGGACUUACAAUAAUGUCAGAUCAACAAAAGGUCAUUUCCAUUAAACUUUUUCUAUUUUAUCUUACACAAUUAAGUUGUUCAUUUCACGAACCAUUUUAAUGCCUUUACAGGGUUUAAGAUAUGCUGCAGAAGAUGUUAUUCUUGGAGUUGCACAAAGAUUUUGUGUAAGGCAUUUAUAUGCCAACUUCAGGAAAAAAUUUCCUGGAAAAAACUUGAAAAGGCUUAUGUGGAGGGCAGCUACAGCAACUCAUCCACAACAAUGGGAGACUGAGAUGAGAAAGAUGAAAGCUGUUAACGUAGAUGCUUUUAGACAUCUCAUGGGAAUUGCUCCAAGGUUUUGGUCAAGAUCAAGGUUCACAUCCACAACUCAAAGUGAUACCUUAGUGAAUAACAUGUCAGAAGCUUUUAAUAGCGUUCUGGUAAAUACAAGGACAAAACCCAUUAUUUCAUUGUUGGAGGACAUCAGAUUGUAUAUGAUGAAGAGAUGGGCCACUAAUAGGUCACGGGUUACUUCUUUUAAGUCAUCAAUUUGUCCUAAAAUUCAGAGUAGACUAAACAAGGAGGCACAACAAACAAAGUAUUGGAUUCCCAGGUAUGCACAACUAUUACAUCUGUAUAUACUUGUUUAUGUUUACCAAAUAGAUAUAAAUAAUGUUUGUUUUUCUUAACGGCUGGUCUGCACACAAAAUUUUUGAAAUCAGACAUGUGUCCCAAAGUGGGGACAACUAUGUGGUGGAUAUAGAUACAUAUACAUGUUCUUGCAGGAAGUGGAGCAUCAGUGGAAUUCCUUGUGUGCAUGCAUUGACAGCAAUGAGGUUUCUGAACCUAAAUGCAGAGGACUAUGUACCACUAUGCUUCAAAAAGUCAACCUAUGAAGAGAUGUAUUCCUCCAUUAUAUACCCCAUUAAUGGAAAACAUCUAUGGGAGGUCACUGAAUAUCAAGAUGUCUUGCCUCCACCAAAAAGACAAAUGCCUGGUCGUCCUAAGAAGAAAAGGAGAUUAGAGCAAUGGGAGUUGAAGAAAAGUACCACNAAAAUGUCAAAGGGGGGCUUACUCAAAAGAUGUACCAUGUGUAGGGAAGUGGGACACAAUAAAAGAAAUUGCCCUAACAGAAGCCAAGUGCAGGAAGAGGGACAACCUAGUACAUUGCCUCAGGGUGAACCACAUGGACCAGAUACCCAGGGUGAACCACAUGGAGCAGAAACCCAUCCUUGAACUUGAAUUUUGCCAGAUUUUGUAAUAGGNCAAAUUUUGAUGGUAGCACAUGUAAUAGGCCAUAUUUUGCUGUAACCAGUUUUACUUCAUUAUCAAAUGUUUAAGUUUACCAGACUUUGUUGUUUUAGUGGUACUAUAUAUGUAAUAGGCCACUUGAAUGAUGAAAGAUGUAAUAUGUCACUUGAAUUUUGCUGGCUGUAUGAACCUUGAUUGGUUACCUUUUGCUAUUUAUAUAAAAGUUACGAAA